CUCUCGUGUGUUUCCUCCAGGUGCCUGCUUUGUGUGGGAUCGAUACAAGGAUGCUGACUAAAAUAAUUCGGGGCAAGGGCACCGUCCUGGGGAAGAUUGAGUUUGAAGGCCAACCUGUGGAGUUUGUAGAUCCAAAUAAGCAGAACCUGAUCGCAGACGUUUCAACCAAGGAAGUCAAGGUGUAUGGCAAAGGGAACCCAAUUAAAAUUGUAGCGGUGGACUGUGGGCUAAAGAACAAUGCUAUCCGUUUGCUAGUAAAGCGAGGCGCAGAGGUGCAUUUGGUGCCAUGGAAUCAUGAUUUCACCAAGAUGGAGUACGAUGGGCUGUUUCUUUCCGGUGGCCCUGGGGACCCGAUGAAGGCAGGGGAGCUGAUUCGGAAUCUCAAGAAGGUCCUGGAGAGUGAUCGCAAGGAGCCAUUGUUUGGCGUCAGUAUGGGGAAUCUGAUAACGGGCAUAGCAGCUGGGGCUACUUCCUACAAGAUGCCCAUGGCCAACAGAGGGCAGAAUCAGCCCGUUCUGAACCUGUCGAAUGGACAAGCCUUCAUCACGGCCCAGAACCAUGGAUACGCGCUUGAGAACAGCACCCUCCCUCCCGGCUGGAAACCGCUUUUUGUGAACAUCAACGAUCAAACCAAUGAGGGAAUUAUGCAUGAAACCAAACCAAUUUUCACAUCCCAGUUCUGCCCGGAGGCCAGCGCGGGACCAACGGACACGGAGUUCCUAUUCGAUUCGUUCUUUUCCCUGAUCAAGAAGGGAAAAGGCACUACCGUAGCCUCGGUGCUGCCCAAGGCCACAGCUGCAGCAUCUAGACUUCAGGUUUCCAAAGUUCUCAUCCUAGGAUCCGGAGGUCUGUCAAUUGGUCAGGCGGGGGAAUUUGAUUACUCUGGAUCACAGGCGGUUAAGGCCAUGAAGGAAGAAAAUGUGAAGACCGUCCUGAUGAACCCCAAUAUUGCCUCAGUCCAGACUAAUGAGAUUGGCUUGAAGCAGGCUGACACGGUCUACUUCCUCCCCAUCACCCCACAGUUUGUCACAGAGGUCAUCAAAGCAGAAAGGCCAGAUGGGUUAAUUCUGGGCAUGGGUGGCCAAACAGCUCUCAACUGUGGUGUGGAGCUGUUCAGGCGCGGUGUUUUGAAGGAGUAUGGAGUGAAUGUCCUGGGGACAUCCGUGGAAGCCAUCAUGGCCACAGAGGACAGGCAACUGUUUUCUGACAAACUGACUGAAAUCAACGAGAAGAUCGCUCCCAGCUUUGCAGUGGAAUCGAUUGAAGAUGCUUUGAAUGCAGCGGAAAAGAUUGGCUACCCAGUCAUGAUACGCUCUGCUUAUGCUCUGGGAGGACUAGGGUCAGGUAUUUGUCCCGACAAAGAGAGACUGUUGGAUCUUGGAACCAAGGCGUUUGCAGUGACCAACCAGAUUCUAGUGGAAAGGUCCGUCGUUGGCUGGAAGGAGAUAGAGUAUGAAGUUGUGAGAGAUGCAGCUGAUAACUGUAUCACCGUCUGUAAUAUGGAAAAUGUGGAUGCUAUGGGAGUUCACACAGGAGAUUCCAUCGUUGUGGCUCCCAGCCAGACCCUGUCCAACGAGGAAUUUCAGAUGCUGAGGGAAAGUGCCAUCAAGGUUGUCCGACACUUGGGCAUCGUGGGGGAAUGCAACAUCCAGUACGCCCUACACCCUACCUCCCUGGAGUACUGCAUCAUUGAGGUCAAUGCCAGGCUCUCCAGAAGCUCUGCUUUGGCAUCGAAGGCCACAGGGUACCCGUUAGCAUUUAUCGCUGCCAAAAUCGCCCUGGGGAUUCCCUUGCCAGAGAUCAAGAAUGUAGUAUCAGGGAAAACCUCCGCUUGCUUUGAGCCCAGUCUGGAUUACAUGGUCGCCAAGAUACCUCGCUGGGACCUGGACCGCUUUCAGGGCACCUCUAGCCAGACUGGCAGCUCCAUGAAGAGCGUGGGAGAGGUCAUGGCUAUUGGGCGCAACUUUGAGGAGUGCUUCCAGAAGGCCCUGAGAAUGUGCCACCCUUCGGUGGAUGGCUUCACAUCACGUCUACCGAUGAAUAAAGAGUGGCCAGACAACUUAGAUCUCCAGAAAGAACUGGCCGACCCCUCCAGCAUUCGUGUCUAUGCAAUGGCCAAGGCCUUGUCUGAUGGCGUUCCCGUGGAUGAUAUUCACAGGCUCACCGCCAUUGACAAAUGGUUCAUCUACAAGAUGAAGGACAUUGUGAACAUGGAGAAAAGCCUGAAGGAACUCAGCAGGGAUUCCAUUCCAGAAGAAAUAAUGAGGAGGGCCAAACAGAUCGGCUUCUCGGACAAGCAGAUCGGGAAAUGCAUUGGCGUGACGGAGGCCCAGAGCCGGGAGCUGAGGCUGAAGAAGAACAUAAAGCCGUGGGUGAAGCAGAUUGACACACUGGCAGCAGAAUACCCUGCAGUAACGAACUAUCUCUACGUCACAUACAACGGACAGGAGAAUGACGUAAAAUUUGAUGACCAUGGAAUGAUGGUGCUGGGUUGUGGACCAUACCACAUAGGGAGCAGCGUGGAGUUUGACUGGUGCGCUGUCUCCAGCAUCCGCACGCUGCGUCAGCUAGGCCACAAGACUGUUGUGGUGAACUGCAACCCGGAGACGGUGAGCACAGAUUUUGAUGAAUGCGACAGACUGUACUUCGAGGAGCUGUCCCUGGAGAGGAUCCUGGACAUCUACCAACAUGAGGAAUGUGCUGGCUGCAUUAUCUCCGUCGGAGGGCAAAUCCCCAAUAACCUGGCCGUGCCAUUGUACAAGAACGGAGUUAAGAUCAUGGGCACUAACCCCAUGCAGAUUGACCGAGCAGAAGACCGCUCCGUAUUCUCGGCUGUUCUGGAUGAGCUGAAUGUGGCUCAGGCCCCCUGGAAGGCAGUUAGCAGUUUGAAAGAUGCUGUUGAAUUUGCAGACUCCGUGGGCUACCCAUGUUUGCUGAGACCGUCCUAUGUUUUGAGUGGGUCGGCGAUGAACGUGGUGUUCACAGAAGAGGAGAUGAAGAAGUUCUUAGCAGAAGCCACCAGAGUCUCCCAGGAGCACCCGGUUGUACUCACAAAAUUCAUCGAGGGAGCCCGAGAAGUGGAAAUGGACGCUGUCGCCAAGGCUGGAAAAGUCAUCUCACAUGCUAUCUCGGAGCACGUGGAGGAUGCAGGUGUUCACUCUGGAGACGCCACCCUGAUGCUGCCCACCCAGACUAUUAGCCAAGGAGCUGUGGAGAAAGUGAAAAUUAUCACCAAGAAGAUUGCUCGGGCAUUUUCCAUCUCGGGGCCAUUCAAUGUUCAGUUCCUGGUGCGAGGAAACGACGUCUUGGUGAUAGAGUGCAACCUGCGGGCUUCACGCUCCUUCCCCUUUGUGUCCAAGACUAUUGGCGUAGACUUCAUCGAUGUGGCCACAAAGGUGAUGAUUGGGGAAAAGAUCGACGAGUCAUCCCUGCCUACCCUGGAACGACCCAUUAUCCCUUCUGAAUAUGUUGGGAUUAAGGCUCCAAUGUUCUCCUGGCCCCGACUGAGAGAUGCAGACCCUAUUCUCCGAUGUGAGAUGGCUUCCACUGGCGAGGUCGCUUGCUUCGGGGAGAAUAUCCAUUCUGCCUUCCUGAAGGCCAUGCUCUCCACAGGGUUUAAGUUUCCCCAGAAGGGAAUUCUGCUUGGAAUCCAGCAUUCCUUCCGUCCCAAAUUCCUGGGUGUAGCAGAGCAGCUCCACGAGGAAGGUUUCAAGCUCUUUGCCACAGAAGCCACUUCCAACUGGCUCAAUGCCAACAGUGUCCCUACAACGCCCGUGGCCUGGCCAUCCCAGGAAAGCCAGAGCUCCAGCCUCCCCCCAAUCCGGAGCUUGAUAAAGGAGGGGAACAUAGACCUGGUGAUUAACCUCCCCAACAACAACACCAAGUUCAUCCAUGAUAACUAUGUGAUCCGCAGAAUGGCUGUGGACAGCGGGAUUGCUCUCCUCACCAACUUCCAGGUGACAAAGCUAUUUGCCGAAGCCAUCAAAUACUCGGGGAAAGUGGACGCUAAGAGUCUUUUCCACUACAGAAAAUUAAAUACCAGCAAUGCCUCAUAGAAGAGCAGCCAUUAGCGUGAAAUCCAAGUCUUCUCACACCAGGGGAAAGGAGGAAUCCUGGAUGCUGAGACGAUCUAUCCAGCCCAUGUUUGGUUAUUUCCAUUUAUUUCCUAGGAUCUGACAUUUUUAUCUUUGUAACGUACAAAGGAGACACAGUAACUCUUAACCAGCCUUUCCCAGGCAGCCUGCCCCCACUCAAGAUGUUUGUUGGAAAACAGUAGCCAUUCCUUCUCUGUUUGCAGCUAAUACCCACUAGCUGGUAGACUGGUAGAGCCACACCCUACAAUGCUGGAGGAUAUGGAAGAAAAAGUAUGUGGUCCUACACAUGGGUGGCUAACUCUGUCUUUUUAUAAUAAUCCCUUGAUGGUUCUUUCUGUGUUCUUCUUAGACAGCUCUUGCCACACUCACAUGUGAGUGCUAACGCCCCCCCCCCCAACUGUCAUGUAUUUUUGCCAAUUUCCUAUUUCCUUCUGUUGACAAUCAAAAUCUUUGUGAGUUUCUCCUUUGUAAUAAUCACCUGAUGCUACUGCAUUUGCCUGCCAGGGUAUAAAACAUCUCAAUGUGUUGAACGUGACAGGAGCUCUAAAGUUAAAAGAACAAGAAUUCACUGCUACUCUCUGACAGCAAAUAAGGAACAUGCCACUACUUUCUGUUUGUUUUAAUCCUGGCAGAGUUUCAUCUUUUCCAGUCUGCAGAUUUGAUGGGGAAUUGGGUUGAAAUUGCAUCUGAAUUCUGUCCAGUCCUUUGUUUCUUGAAUUCUGUUUAUUAUACGAAUCCCGGAGUGCUACCAGUACAUCACGGGGUUCUUUCUCCAUCAAAUAUAUUGCUUCAAAGAAGGAUUUUUCCCAGUAGGCAUCCUGCUCUCAAACCAUUUUGGAUUAUGCUUGUGAACAUUAAACUGGAAUACUUUUAAAACAA